CAGUCGCUCGCUGCUGGAGAGCUCAGUGGAGCUUCCAGCUGCCCUCUGGGUCUCGCUUUUUGGAUCGUCCUGGCCCCGCCAAAUAGGCUGGGGUAGACGCCCCGGCUGCGGGGUCAUGGCAGUAAUCUUCUCGUCCUCCGUUGCCGCUAACCUCGCGGAAUCGCCCGCAACUGCGCGAAGGACCCCCACCGCCUCCGCGGGCUAAAAAGCCGCUGCCUUGACGGAGUUGUGAGGACUACUAUGCUCUGUCUUGGCUGCCGCCUACCCCUCCCGCCCGCGCAGGUACCCUCCGGCUGCUCAGUCCGUCUCAGUGUCAAAUUGGAAGAGAAGUAAAAUUCAACAAAUAUUAUGUAUGGAGUUCUUUCUUAAUAGAAGAAAGUGAUUAUUGAGACUAUGGAUCGGAGCAAACGGAAUUCAAUUGCAGGAUUUCCUCCACGUGUGGAACGUCUUGAAGAGUUUGAAGGUGGUGGUGGUGGAGGGGAUGGAAACAUGACUCAGGUGGGAAGAGUUUGGCCAUCCUCAUACAGAGCUCUUAUAAGUGCCUUUUCCAGACUGACACGUUUGGAUGACUUCACCUGUGAAAAAAUAGGAUCUGGUUUCUUCUCUGAAGUGUUCAAGGUGCGCCACCGAGCUUCUGGUCAAGUGAUGGCACUUAAGAUGAACACAUUAAGCAGUAACCGGGCAAAUAUGCUGAAAGAAGUACAGCUCAUGAAUAGACUUUCCCACCCCAACAUUCUUAGGUACUUGGGUGUAUGUGUACAUCAAGGACAAUUGCAUGCACUUACAGAGUAUAUCAACUCUGGGAACCUGGAGCAGUUGCUAGAUAGUAACUUGCAUUUGCCGUGGACUGUGAGGGUGAAACUGGCCUAUGACAUAGCAGUAGGCCUCAGCUACCUUCACUUCAAAGGCAUUUUCCAUCGGGACCUCACAUCAAAGAACUGCCUGAUAAAGAGAGAUGAGAACGGUUAUUCUGCAGUGGUGGCUGACUUUGGCCUAGCUGAGAAGAUCCCUGAUGCCAGCAUAGGGAGUGAGAAGCUGGCUGUGGUGGGCUCACCCUUCUGGAUGGCACCUGAGGUUCUCCGAGAUGAGCCCUAUAAUGAGAAGGCAGACGUGUUCUCUUAUGGUAUCAUCCUCUGUGAAAUCAUCGCCCGCAUCCAGGCCGAUCCAGACUAUCUUCCCCGCACAGAGAAUUUCGGGCUGGACUAUGACGCUUUCCAACACAUGGUGGGAGACUGUCCCCCAGACUUUCUGCAGCUCACCUUCAACUGCUGUAAUAUGGACCCCAAACUGCGUCCAUCCUUUGUGGAGAUUGAGAAGACCUUGGAGGAAAUUAUGAACCGCCUACAGGAAGAAGAGCUGGAGAGGGACAAGAAACUGCAGCCCACAGCAAAGGGACUCUUAGAGAAAGUACCUGCGGGGAAGCGGCUGAGCUCACUCGAUGACAAGAUCCCCCACAAGUCACCACGUCCAAGACGUACUAUCUGGCUGUCUCGAAGUCAGUCAGACAUCUUUUCUCGUAAACCUCCACGUACCGUGAGUGUCUUGGACCCAUACUACCAGCCACCAAGAGAUGGUGCUACCCGCACCCCCAAAGUCAACCCUUUCAGUGCUCGUCAGGACCUCAAGGGUGGGAAGAUCAAGCUCUUUGACCUACCCAGCAAGUCUGUCAUCUCCCUGGUAUUUGACCUAGAUGCACCAGGGCCUAGAACUACACCCCUGGCUGACUGGCAGGAGCCCUUGGCCCCACCUGCUCGCCGUUGGCGUUCUUUGCCUGGUUCACCAGAAUUCUUGCGUCAGGAGGCCUGCCCAUUUAUGUGCCAUGAAGAAUCACUAUCUGAUGGGCCCCCACCACGACUCAGUAGUCUCAAGUACAGGGUAAGAGAGAUCCCACCAUUCCGGGCAGCUGCUCCAGCCCAUGAGGCCAUGGACUGCUCUAAUCCCCAGGAAGAAAACGGUUUUGGGCCCAAGCCCCAGGAGACAAGCCCAUGUUGCAGAAGUGCCUCUGAAGAAAUGGAGGUAGAAGAAGGCAGGCCAAGAAACUUGGCUGCAGUCCCCUGCUCUGUCUCAGGCAUAGGCCUGCAAAUCCAGGGAGAACAGGAUGGGUGAGGGGGGGUUAGUCCCUGCCUCACCUUGGGGAUGGACCUUCAGCUGAAGCCAUAGGGACCCCUUGGUGCACACCCUUGACCAUUCCCUGGAGCCCUAAGAGCACAAAGGCUAGGUCAAGCCAGGUUCAACUUUUGGGUUCCCAAUACCCAAUGGCUGCAUGAGAGGGAAGGCUGCAGUUGAGAGGCCUUCCUAGUUAGGACCAACUGCUGAUACUAAGCUUCUGAAAUCCAGCAAGAAGCUCUAGUUCCUACCUGACUCAAGUAUACUUCCCAAGACAGGACCAGAGAACUCCUAGUUCUAGAUUGAACUGGCAGUGGUAUUACCCUGGUUCUUCUCCCAUCCCAAGACUCUGUUGCCCUUUUUUGGGGCAUAUAAGCUACCAGAUGGAACUUGGAGCUGAUCAGGAGGUCAUAAAGGGCUGAGAACUGGAGUGCUUCUUGCCAGUAUGUCUUAAGACACUUGAAUAAUUGCUGUUUGCACUUACUGCAUGGUCAGACCACAUCACUACAUUUCUAUGCAAGGGAAGGGCAAGGCAGUGUGGUGGUCAUGGCUCUUAGCUAAUCCAUUCAAAGAACUAUUCCAGUUGAUUAAUCUAUUUUCAUAUUUAUAAAGGAGUCUUAAUGUUCUGCCUCAUUAAGACUUUCAACCCUGUGGUUGGGAGUGGGGCUGGUUUUGUAGGCCCUAGGGCCUGCUCUAUGUUAUCAACAGGUGAUAAACACCCAGUUGGUUAAAUGGUUUAUACUUGGACUGAUUUUUUUUCCCCUUCCUGCUAUAGCUGGAGCUUCGGGAACAGUCUGUCCUUACAGAGCCGCAAUAAGAAAUAACCAAAGAAUGAAGUUGGUCAAAUAUUUUCAUAACUCGUUUGUUGAUUUUUUUGUAAAACUUUCCCAAGACACUUUCAGAUUUAAAAAUAAAGUUGGUGUUGCA